AUGUUCACCAAACUGAUCUGCAUCGCCGCUCUGGCCAUCUCGUGUGUUGCGGCCAAGCCAGGAUUUUUGGCUGGUGCCCCGGUUGCGUAUGCCGCAGGACCCGCCGUCGUCACCGCCCAGAGCUCGCAGGUUGUCGCCCGUAACUACAAUGGAAUUGCGCCGCUUGCGUACACCGCACCGGCCGUAGCCUAUGCCGCACCGGCCGUCGCUAAGGUUGCCGCUCCGCUCGCUUAUACUGCUCCGGCACCACUGGCUGCCACUUAUGCUGCUGCACCGCUGGCUGCUCCGUUGGCCGCCCCGUACGCUGCACCGUAUGCUGCGCCGUACGCUGCUGGGUUUGCGGCUCCUUAUGCAGCACCGUUUGCUGCGGCGUACGCUGCCCCAUAUGCUGCACCGUAUGCUAGGGCGUUCGCUAGUCCGCUCCUUGCCCGCUCCGCUUCACAGGUGUUCGCCCGGACGUACAACGGUUUCGUGCCCUUCGCUGUUCCGGCUCCCGUCCCUGCUCCGGUUCCCGCUCCGGCCUUCCACUAUCAUACACCCGCCUUCGUUCUACCUGCAGCACCCGGGCCAGUAUUCUACCCACAGCCCGUCGUCUACAACCCUCCAACGGCCGUACCGGUUCCGGUCCCGGUACCGGCUGCUCCGGCCGCCGUACUGCCGACGGUGGAGGCCGCAGCACCCGCUGCUAAGCUGGUGGCCGCUGCACCGGUGGCGAAAGUUGCGAAGCUCGUACGACCCGCUCCAUUCCACGCCACCUUCCGCUAUCGCAUCAUGUCUGCCAAAAUUGUGAUCUGUCUGGCUGUGUGCGUGUUCGCUUCGGCUUCCGCCGGUGUUGUUCCGGUUGCGGCGCCUCUUGCAGCGGCCGGAGUUGUUGCUCCGUACGCCACCUCGUACAACGCCCACACCGUCAACCACGCCGUGGCGGCUCCAGUCGUUGCGGCGGCUUCGGCCGUCGUUGCUGCUCCAGCGGCACGUUUCGUAGCACCGGCGGCUCCAGCUCUGGCGUACACCGCUGCCGGACUCCCAGCGUACAGUGCAUACACCGCUGCCGGACUCCCAGCGUACAGUGCCUACACCGCCGCCGGUCUGCCUGCCCUCAGCCCUUACACGGCUCUCGCCGGUCUGCCGACACCGUACGUGUUCUAA